GAUUAUUUUCUUUUGCUUGUCCAGGUAGAUGAAAACAUGAACACUGCUUUUAAAAGAGAUGCUGUCAUCAGUGACAAGUUUUUCUUCCGUAAGAAUAUUCUGACAGGUGAGUUGUAAAAUAAAACAUGAUAUAUAAUUAUAAUUAUGUUCUAAAUUGCAAUACAUGAUGUAGUGAAUUUUUUUAACUUAAAACAAUAAUUCUCAUAGCUUUUUACUUUUUUUAAAGCUAAAAAUGUGACAAAACUUAAAUUACGAUGUAAAAUAUCAUUGAAUAGCUACACUUCUUACAGUAUUCAGAAAUAGUUUAUAUAUUGGUACCUUUCCGUGCCAUUUCUCCUGGUACGUUUUUAUUAUAAGUGCCCCAAUCAUGAAUAGUAUAUUGGGAACAAAGUAUGUUGCAAAAUUAUUUUAACCUCAGGAGUAGGGCUAUGGCUAUAAAUUAAUUUCAUAAUUUUUAUCUGAUGCAUUCUUUUUUUCAGAGUCCUGCAAAAAUGCAUUGAAUGGAUUUGGCAUUACUGAUACUGAUCCAAAUCAGGAGUAUGAACUAAUGACCAUCAAUGAAAUAUUUCAUGGAAAGGUGACAUCUCUUAAUGCUAGCAAUCUUUUGCUUUGAAAAAAUAUUUGCUGCAGAAAGAAAAUGGUACUGAUUGUUAAGUUCAGGGCCCCAGAUGGAAUAAUUAGUCCACGACUGAAUGCCCUCAUAAUUAUUUUCAAGAGCAAAUGAAUUUCAAUUUUAUUUGUUACAUUUUAUUUUAAGAAAAUUAAACAGAUGAAUCAGUUUCGCAGAAAGUCAACUCUACUGCCAAGUAUUAAUUCUAUUUAAAUAUUUAUAAUUCAUCUAUAUAGUUGGCUCUCCUUUCCUUUAUUUAAAAAGAUUUGUUUAAAUACAUUUUCAGGAAGAUUUUCCUGGCCUGCUGCCCCUGAUUGAUUCAUAUAUAGACAGCAUUGAUAUAGAUGUAGAUACAAAGUACACUGUCACACAUUAUGUCAGACUGAUAUCACUGAGGGCAUCAGGUACACAAACCUAUAAACCAUUUUUUUUCUUACCCUUUGAAAUUAUUCAGUUAGAGCAGCAACAUUUAGAAGCAUACAAAAUUGAUUAAGCUAGAUAAGCAAUACAUAAGUCAGUAAUUUUCAUAUUUAAUUAAUUACAAAGAUACAGUCCAAUGAAAUAUUCUUAAAAACAGAUCUAAAAGGUUCCAGGUUAUAUAAUUAAAAAAUUUAGUUACAAUUUAAUGUUGGUUUCCUUAGAAUUACUUAAAUAUAAUAUACAACUAUGUCAAAUGAGUCAAAGAGACUUUGAUCCUGUUCAUUUUCUGCUAAGUUAUUAUUACAAUAAGAGAUAAACCCUUGAGAAAUUUUAAAAAAAAUUCCUGAUUUUCUCAAAACUUGAAAUUUGGGUUCACGGAGUCACGAUUUUUUUUUUAAAAGGGGCUCCACAAGUUAAUUACAAAGCUAGUUUUUAGCAGUUACAGAUAAUUUCAAAAAUUGACUAGGAUUCUUCUAUGUUGAAUAGCUUUAAUAAUAUUUUGCUGUAAAAAUGAAUUUUGUUAUGGCAAAAAUUAUUUCCAUUUAAAAAAAAUUGUUUCUGUAAAUUUAGCUAAUUAGUUUUUUAAAAAUAAUUUAACUAAUUUGCUGAUUUAAAAAAAAAGAGCUAUCCAUUAAACCCGAAUUUCAAGUUUUGAGAAAAUCUGAAAAAUUUUACAAAAAAUAAUUUGUAUUUUUUCGAAGGAUGUUUUUCACAAGUAUUUUUUAUGGGCGAUUUUUUGUUUAGGUCAUCUACAAACUACAGCAAAAUGGAUCCGCAACUUUGUUUUAAACCAUCCUGAGUACAAG